GGUUGCUUGUGCUUGAGUUCCCCGCCUUUUGAGAGAGCAGCGAUGUCCUUAUCAAUUUGACGCUAAAUAUGAUAUUGUAAGAGAUUUUCCCAAAAUAUAAUAGGUAGCCAAGUUUUCGCUCUGUUGUAGUGUAUAUGGGGCAGAGAGUCAUGUUACUGCCGUCCGACGUAGCGCGACUUGUUUUGGGUUACCUUCAGGAAGAAGGACUGUCUACCACCAGCCAGACAUUCAUCCAAGAGAGUCCAAACCUGAAAGAAUAUGCUGAGCACAGCACAACAGAUGGAACUAUUCCUGCUUGUGUAUUCUCUAUUUUUGGGAAGGGUCUAACAACCAUCCUGAAUGAGUAUAUGGCGGCCAAAGCAAAAGAAAGAUGUCAUGAGGUACCUGCUAUGAUGACCUCACUGUGGAAAAAGCUGGAUUUUACACUCAACCAAAUCAAGUCGUUGCAGAACUCCCCAGCUAUAUCAGCAUGUCAGAGAAUACGUUCACGGGUUGGAGUUGCAAACAUGGCUAGACAGAGGAGUUUGGCCUUGGCUCUAGCGGGUGGUGCUGUCACCUCCUCGACUACUGAAACCGCCUCCAUUAGCCCGAUGCAAACGUCCCACAGCAUGCUUAGCCACUCCACCCCAGUCAGCUGCACCGCUCCACACAGUAGACCAGCUCUGAACGGCAGCAUACACCUGCAGAUUCAAGAAGGUGGCCGAUUACAAAAUAUGACCAGAGAGCCUCCUGUACAGAUAACUUUUUCAGAUCAUCGGUUGAAUCCAGGUCCACUGUCUCCUGGACGACGAAAAUGGGACACACCCAAGAAAAGAUCCAGAGCCCUAAGUGGGUCUGGUGGAACUGGGAAGUCUAUUAUGACCGUCAGUGGCCUUGUUGCAGAACCACAGCCUGAAGACAUUGAGGAGAACUUCCCUCAACUUGUCAUACAAAAUGCACGGGACAAAAUACUGGGGGACCGGUCACUACAAGAGAAACUAGCUGAAAACAUCAACAAAAUCCUUGCAAAUGAGCCAACCCCUCAAACAAAGGCAUCAUUAAGUGCAAUGGAACCUGACCAAUCUAUAGAUGAAAUCCUUGGACUGCAGGGAGAAAUUCAUAUGAGUGAUGAUGCUAUCCACGACAUAUUGGAGCAAACAGAAUCUGACCCAGCUUUUCAGGCUCUCUUUGACCUUUUUGACUACAGUAAAAACAAAUUUGCAGACACUGAGGCAGAGGAUGAAGUUAUUACUAGUAUCUCAGAAGAGAGUGAUGAUGCUGGACCUUCACUGACAGAGAGAUCUCCUCAGAACACUGACACAGGGGAGACCCACAAAAUUGCUGAUUCUUGUGAUACAGCCCUAUUGACAGGAAACAUGAGAGCUGGACAAGAACGCAAGACUAGGAAGUCUGCUGCUCCCAGCACCUCAAAGAAAGUAUUUAUUUGUCCCAGUGGCAGAGCAUCUAGAAUUGAAAACUCUACGGCCAAAUUGCUGGUGACUAACGAGGAGUAUAAGGGUGUGUCAUCGACUGCAUUAGCCUCAAAAACAAAAGAAACAGGCUCGUUGAGCACUACCAGUGUGGAACCUACACCAGUGCAGAUUGAACUAUUGAACACGCCUUUUCCUCCAGAUAAUACCACUGCCCAGGAAGUAUUGGAAUCUCUCACAAAGGAUAACACACCUGUCUCAGCUCCCCACGAUGAAUCAUCAAGCACCAGUUUUACAACUGUGGCCCCACAAACAACUGUGGCCUCUAAUGUUGACAAAAUAGAGCAGAGCAAACAAGCACAAGGAGCUGAAGGGCAGCUUGCUUCAGCACAGUGUUCAACUUUAAGAGAUCAGGCUAAUUUAAAUUCAGCUAUCCCCUCUGAACCCAAGAAAGUGGAAACACUAACUCUGGACUUGGCUCAUAUGACUGGGUCAGAUGCAACUAGUGGAGAAGUCACUGAAUCAAUGGCUAAUCUCUUCAUGACCCCUGCUGAGUCCAUGUCGCCUACAUCUGCUUCUACUAAGAACAAAGUUCCAGUAAUGCCGACCUCUGUUUCAUCCCCUGCCACUGCGACCCUCUUAAUAUCAUCUGACAAGUCCAAAGCUUCGUCCCCUUCAAUAUUCACUGCUACACCAGCCUCAUCGACAACUUCCUCAGCCACAUCCAUCUCCACCUGUGCAACAGUUACAGCUGCACCUGAUCCUUCAGUCGACAACCACAGUGCCAAGAAUAAGAGUUCAGGUGAUUCUGGUAGUAGUAGUAGUGUCGUUUCUUUGAAGAUCAUAAUCAGCGAUAACCAGGAGGAGCAUUCAUCCGCUGACCCAGCCUUAAACCAGGCAGCUUCCAGUGUCUCUGGGAACAAGGUACCCACCAUUUAUCUUAACUCUCCAGUUAAAUCACCUGGAGUUCCUGGCACACCAAAGCCCAAGUUGGAUGAGACAGCACAGGUAAUUAGUAACUCUGAAGCCCUUCAGCCAAGAUCUUCAGAGGUGAAUUCUGCCAUCAAGAAAUCUGGAGCCCCAUCUCCAUUUACAGGGUCACCAGCUCAGCCAAGUUACAUAAUUCAGGUACCACUGGACACGACUAACUCUGUACUGCAAGGUACCACCACCAGCUAUUUCCUAGUGACUGAACCCCUGACUCCAGAUCCUCCAAAUAAGCAAGUGCUUGUGCCCACGGGCAUCUCAAAUGGACAGCCUUUGAUCACAAGCCAUUGUGGUGUGAGGACACCACCCCGCUCUCAGUGUGCCUCUACAGCACUCAUCUUACAGUCGCCUGUUCAGCCUGUGAUGCUUCCUGUAUCUGUUAUGGGGAACAAUACCCUGGGGAAUGUACAGAUGGUGUCCAAUACGCUUGUUGCCAUGUCAAACCCAGCACCACUACAGCAAUCAAAAACUGUCAAAGCAAAACCUCACACUGUGACAGACAAGCAGUCAUCAUCUGGCCUUACACAAACUACAGAACAAAAUCUAAGCAAUAAGGGUGGUCAGCCCUCGCCAUCUGAAGACGCUGGACAACUGAAUGGACCAAAGGGACCCAGUUCUGCUCAUCGAAGAAUUCUGUGUUUUGAAUCUUCUGAAGUGGUUAAACCACAUAUGGCUGAAUCAAAAAGAACCACAAUCAGCCAACAUCCAAUAGCAAAAUCUACAGCACCAUCUGCCCAGAAUGCUAAGAAAAAUAAUUCCCAGCUAGUCCCCCAACCAAAGCCUACAGUCCUGGGUGGCAUUAAACCUAAAAGGAGGAUUACGACUAUCAGAUGUUCAGAAAAUGACAAGAGUUCUUUUGGGGAGUUGAAAGAGACUGAUAAAAUCAUACCUCCACCACAGAACCAGAACGAUCCCAUACAGACAAACCCUCACAAAGAAGGUCCAAAUGACCAUGGUCAAGAAUUUCAAAGUGAAAGUCGCAGCAGUGAUAAUGCCUCACAGUUUGAGUCAUCAAAAAAGCCUGAAUCUACAACUGUUCAAUCACAUGGUGUUAAUAGUGGAAAUAGUCGUGAAAAAGGUGGCAUCGAAGGUAAUGAUUCCUCUCAUCCUGGACCAUUGACUUCUGAUUCUGUCCAGAAAUCAGGAAGCCAAAAGGAAAAAGAGGACAGCAGGAAAGACCCUGCAAAAUCUCAUGAAGGGUGUAUAGAGAAGAGGAAUCUCUCACAGUUAUUGCCAAAUGUGACAGCGAACAAGGAAAAUGAAGUGACAGGCAGCAUGCAUGCUCAGCAACAUCAGUCAAUAUCCUCUUCGCUACCAAGAGACCUUAACCCUGCAGCUGCUGCCCUGACAACAUCUAAUCUACAUUUGAAGUCUGCAAAAGACAACUCAAAGACCAACUCUCUCGCCAAACAGGCAGCAGAGAUGCUGCAGGAUAUCCAGGGGCUGAACUCUCCUUCCACACCAGUCAGUAGAUCUGAAGUGGGUAGUUCAGAGCUGACUCUUCCCCAGACCCCCGUCACAGGCAGUAAUCAGGGGUCUGUUGACUGCCCCAGGACUCCAGCUACACAACGAAAGAGUAAACCCAGAGAGGGAACUCCCAAACACCUCAUUCCUCCAAACACCCCGGAACUCUCAUCCUGCAGCCCAUCUAGCGAGGCCGGAAGUGAAAACAGCAUUAGCAUGGCCGCUCACACACUCAUGAUCCUUUCACGUGCUGCUAUUGCCAGGACAGGCACACCAUUAAAAGACAGUUUGCGUCAGGAGGGCGCAGGGAAGAAGUCUCUCACGGCUACAAAGAACUCAAGGAAACGUAAGCUGUCUUGUCCCACCGACAGCCCCCCAGCAAAGAAGGAAUCAAAACGAUCUCCCAGCAGCAAAAAGAAAGACAAGGAACGAAAAAAAGUCUUUGAUUGCUUCCCCCUUGACUUGGAUGUGGAUAAGUUCCUCUCUUCACUUCACUAUGAUGAAUGAAACUGGACACAAUCAAGGUGGGGAAAAAAGGACUAUUUUCCUGCCUGCUGAAAUUACCAUCCAGGAAAAGAAGAAGUGCCUGUGGUUUGCGUUUAUAAACCGGUCUGAAUCAUGAUCCAUGUGUCCUACUGGCUCCUUAAAGUGUCAUACUAGAGCUGUUUUUGUGAAUUAAUAAUUAAAUUUUUCCUGGAAUACUUCUGCAUUCCCUCACAAUAUGUUUUGCAUUUUCCGUCUCAACAGCAAGCUCCCCCCAGUUCAAAGCCACUGGUGUACCACUUGCCUUGCAUAUCUGGAGUCGAGUCAUAAAGGACUUCCAGCGUAAAGCUUGUCAGAUCCAGAUGCGGGUCAGUGUGUGCCUGCUGUGGGGACUUUGAGCAAACAACAGAAGCGUUUAAAAGAAUCACCCUUUUUUUGCCCUUUUCGUUCAUGUUACUGCUAUGUAAUGUUGCAACACUGCUUCAGAGAAGCUCUGGCCAGAUAACGUUUUAUUUUGAAAGUAUACAUUACUUUAACAUGCUUUUUUUAAGAGUCAAUUAAACCUGGAUUGUUUCAUUGACACACAAAGUCAGUGUCUCAAAUUCACAUCCAGUUUGUGGCUGAGGAGGCGAGCUGGAUGGAGCGCCUUAAAAUCAGAUCAGCAGAGCACGCACUGUGCAGUGUGUUGCUGCAGCCACCAACACAUCAAACUGGUAACCAUGUGGGCUAUAGCAGCUCUGUUGUUGUACCAGGCAGACUGGUUGUCUUUCAUUUCUGGGGAGUCACUCUCUGCAGCAACCAGAUGUUCUCUGGGUCCACAGCAGUAAGACAUCUGUGCUAAAUCAGUCAGCUGAUGCCUGCUGGUAAACUGUGCUGCAGUGGAAACAUGAAUGAAAAGGAAGGUAAUACAGUUUUGCCAGGGAAUGCAGAUCAUACUGUUAACUCCCUUGAAAGUAUUCUAUUCCAGAAUUUUUUUUAAAAAAGUGACCCAUUUAAGGGCUCUAUAAUAAAACCUCAAGCAUCACCUUUGUCAAUAUUUAAUUCCAGUUUUUUUUUUUUUUUUUCCAUCCAGCUAAAGCUGGCAGUUUAUUUAAUGAUAGUUAUAUAAUUUGAAAUUGGUUUUAGGUUUUCAUGUCGAGACAGAGACAUGUAUAGGUUUUGUGCUGUGUGGUUGAUUCAAACUAACCCAGUUUGAAAAUGUGUGUUCAAAUUUCUUAUGUCAUUCAGCAACUAGACAAGCUGUUUUGUGUUGUUCCUGCGCCUGUUCCUCAUCUCGUCUACCAUGCAAGGAGCGCUCAGCACUCAGACUUGAAAUAAACUUGAAUGGUUGU